AUGCGGCACAGGGAACUGUGGCCGCCCAUGCCCCUGCUGAAGGUGCGCCUGGCAGCUGAGCUAAGCCUGCACUAUUUCUGGCCAAGGCAGGAAAAGGGCGGAAGCGCUGGCGUGGCCGACCGACACCAGUCCCGCGGGCUUUCUGGGGACAUUACCAUAGCCCUGCCUGCCCCACCAGUGGGCUCUUCCUGGCUGAGCGUCGACUGUGGGCACAACUUCUGCCGCGGUUGCAUUGCCAAGCACUGCCAGGAGAAGGGUCUCUGGGCCGACGGACCCUUCUCCUGCCCGCAGUGCCGAGCCGCGUGCCACCGCAGCAACUUCCGCCCCAACCGGCAGCUGGCCAACAUCGUGGAGAGCAUCCGGCAGCUGGGGCUGCGGGCCGGCCCGGGGCCGGGGGCUCUCCUGUGUGCCACGCACGAUGAGCGGCUCAAGCUCUUCUGCGAGGAGGACGAGGAGGCCAUCUGCGUGGUGUGCAGGGAAUCCCUGCACCACCGCCCUCACACUGUCUACCCCAUCGAGGAGGCCGCACAGGUCUACAAGGUUAAACUCCAGAAAUCUCUGGAGUAUCUUUCCAAGGAAGUGGAAGAAGUGAAGAAACGUGAGUCAGCAGAAAGGAUGAAAAUCCAGGAUUGCAAGGAGGCAGUGAAGAAAAAAAGGGAAAGGAUUGUGAGUGAGUUUGGAAAACUGCAUCGGCUGCUGGCUGAUGAAGAGAAGCUGCUGCUUCAGAAGCUGGAGGAGGAAGAGAAGAGGAUUCUGCUGAUGGUCAGUGAAAACCUUGCCCAGCUCGUGGAGCAAAAGUCCUCUCUGGACCUGCUGAUCCUGGAGAUAAAGGAGAAGUUCCAGGAGCCAGCUGAUGGGCUGCUCAAGGACAUGAAAAGCAUCCUGAACAGGUGCGAAGGGAUGAAAUUCCAGGCCCCCAGAGCUGUUUCUGUGACCCUGCUAGAAGAUUACAGCAUCCCAGAGCGCUGCCUGGGCAUGAGGGACAUGCUGAAGAAAUUCAAAGUGGAUGUGAUUCUGGACCCUGAGACAGCACAUCCUGAACUCACCCUGUCUGAAGACCGGAAAAGCGUGAAGCGAGGAGGCAAGAAGCUGAUUCUGUCCCUCUUUGACAACCCCAAGAGGUUUAACACCACGCCGCUGGUGCUGGGGGUUCAGGCCUUCUUCUCCGGCCGGCGCUACUGGGAAGUGCAGGUGGGAGAUAAGACAGAGUGGGGCUUGGGGCUGUGCAGGGAGUCAGCCAGCCGGAAAGGCACCAUCCUCUUCUCACCUAGCAAUGGCUAUUGGGUGCUGCGGCUGCAGAACAGUGGCAACUAUGAAGCCCUCACUUCCCCGAUUUCCCUUCUGAACCUGAGCGUGAGACCCCGGUGCAUUGGAAUCUUCCUGGACUAUGAGGCAGGAGAAAUCUCAUUUUAUAAUGUGACUGACCGCUCCCACAUCUACACCUUCACUGACAAGUUCUCUGGGAAUCUCCGGCCUCUUUUCUUCCCAGGUGCUUUGCUGGGGGGCAAAAAUGCAGAGCCCUUGGUGAUCUCCUGGAUCAGGGACACACAAGGGACUGGCUGCAUCGUCCUGUAACGUGUGGUUAAAAGGCUGCCCUGGCCUCAGCACAGGACAGCCAGAGACCAGUGGGCCUGACCAGUUGGUCUCCUGAGCAGGAGGUUGGCAGCAAGGCAGCACUAGAGGAAUAGGUAUGUGUUUGGGGUGAGCAGCAUGGCAAGGUCUCCUUGUGCUUCUGGAUGCUGUCGAUGACCCACAAAGCAUAAUGCCUAUGAGAAACCUGACAGCGACUGUGUCCGUUCACGUGAUGCAUUCACCCUGUGCCGGGCCCGUGCCGGGAAGGGCAUUACAUGGCACAGAUAUGCCACAAC